CUGUUUUCGUCCCUUCCAUCCCCCCCCAUAUCAUCUUAUCAACGACAGCCUUCCUUAUCUUGAAUCACCAGCUGUCCUGUCCUGUCCUGACUCCUUCUGCACUGCACUGCGCCGUAUGCACUAUCUUGGCCCAAUCAAUUCGAGACCAAAUCCACUUCCCGUCUCGUGUCUGUGUCGAAUCCUUGUCAACUUCAUACUCGCUAACCCUCUUUUGGCCUUGAUCACUUCUUCGUCCCGGUCCUUGUUGGAAUCUUCCUACGACUCUUGUUUGCAACUUUAUGCCUCCAACUUCCACUCGCUUACGCAUCCGGAUAAUGCUCGACACUCGCUUCACCUCCUAAAUUAGACCUAUUCAACGAUAUCCUUUCGGGGGCCGGCCUCUAGUUUCAUCUCGUUACAUCUUCUCGACGCUCUCGCUAUCGUCAAAGUCGAAAUAUCAUCAACUUCGCUCAAUUGGGGAUCUACCCCGUAUCGAGCGUAUCGCAACAUCACGAACCAUCGCAUAACGGUUGGAACAGCUCGUCCAACGCCGAUUGCGGUAUACUUAUCAAGAAGAACAUUCGCGACGACCAAACAAGUGACGCCAACUCAUAUCUAAUUUGAUCGGUCCUUAUCGUCGCUGUUGCAUCCGUCAGAAUUAAACAACCCCAAUCUUCUACCCUAAUGGGUAAAUCAUCACAAUAUGGCGUCAUUCUUGACGCUGGUUCCUCAGGAACUCGAGUAUACAUCUACAAGUGGAAGAAUCACGCCAAAGCUACCAAAGAUGCGUCGGCUGCCGAGCUCAGGUCUCUCCCCAAGAUCAAGCUCAAGGAAAACAAGAAGAUCCAUCCUGGAGUGUCGAGUUUUGCAGAGAAGCCUGCGCAAAUCGGUCCCGAUCAUCUACAGCAGCUGAUCGAUAUCGCUCUAGACGAAGUCCCCGACAGCAAGAUUUCCGAGACCCCCGUUUACCUCAUGGCGACGGCCGGCAUGCGAUUGCUACCAAAGCCUCAGCAGUCGGCACUCCUCAAAUCAAUGUGCACGUACUUGCAGUCGAAUACGAAAUUCAUUCUUCCGGAUUGCGAUGCCCAUAUUCAGGUUAUUUCUGGCGAAACCGAAGGCCUGUACGGCUGGAUAGCGGCGAAUUAUUUGUUGGGCGGCUUCGAUCAUCCUGAGGAGCACGACCAUGGCAAGAAUCAUCACACCUAUGGCUUCCUCGAUAUGGGGGGCGCGUCUGCUCAGAUUGCCUUUGCUCCAAAUGCAACUGAAUCCGCAAAGCAUGCGGAUGAUCUGAAGAUUGUGCGCAUGCGAACACUCGACGGAUCACCAUUGGAAUACAAAGUCUUCACCGCAACUUGGCUCGGAUUCGGUGCCAAUCAAGCCCGCAGCCGUUAUGUCGAACGUCUACAAGAACAUUACCAUACUGACUCUACCCACGAGCUGCCUGACCCCUGCAUGCCUAAUGGCUUGCGAACUACUCUAGACGGUGAACUUGUUGAAUCAAAGUCGGAUAAGACCGUUUUGGUUGGCACAGGAAAGUUCGACGAAUGUUUAACGGUAACCUAUCCUCUGCUGGGCAAAGACAAGCCAUGCGAAGAUCAGCCCUGCCUUGUCAACGGUCAGCAUGUACCAGGUAUCGACUUCGACAUUAAUCACUUUGUUGGUGUUUCGGAAUAUUGGCAUACAACUCAUGGCGUCUUUGGCGGAAAACACAAGGCUUACGAUCUGGCGACAUACCAAAACAAUGUCAUGGAAUUCUGCAGUCGCGAUUGGUCGGACAUUGAGGGAGAUCUUGAUAAACGCAAGAAGUCACCAGAAAAGAAGGCAGCUGAAGCCCGUUUGGCUUGUUUUAAGGCCUCAUGGCUGAUUAAUAUGCUCUACGACGGAAUUGGCAUCCCUCGUGUUGGUCUCGAAGGUGGUGCAGCCAAUGACACUGUUAAGGAUGAUGGUGAGAAGUCAUUUAACGACCCUUUCAAGCCGGUGGACACAAUCGAUGGCAUCGAAUUAAGCUGGACUUUGGGCAAAAUGGUCCUAUACGCUGCCGGACAAGUCCCUCCGUCCGGUUCUGAGCUGCCUGUCGGCUUUGGAAGCAAUGUGGACAAGGGGAUAGCGAAAGAUUUUGAGUACGCCGGCUCUUCACCUAUCGCAACUCACACAGGGGACGACGACGACGACAACGACAACGAUGACCUGGAAGAUCUUCUGAAAAAGCCUGGAAAAUCAACUGGUGGACUCGUCGCAUUUGUUCUGAUAAUUCUGUUGGUCGCCUAUUUGCUCCGCAAGCCUGAGCGAAGAAGAAAGAUAUUCAGCAUGAUUAGCCGGCGAAAGCGACCAGGGAAACCAGGCCGCGGCUCCUCUCUUGUCCACAAACUCUUCGGACGAAACUCGGGGCCAUCUUAUGAGAGAGUAAUGGAGGAGGGUGACUUAUCUGAUUUUGAGUUGGGCGAUGUCGAUUCGGAUGAACAUGACCAUUCAGACAGCAGUAGUGAUGGUUCGCGAAAGGGACGAGCAUCGGGUCUGGCAACACCUAGUAUCUCUGCAGGUCGCGCGGACGAACUCACUCGCCCUCCAUCAGCAAUGGAUCGUGCCGGACUUGUAGUGCGGACUGAAAGCCGAGAACGGCUAUCGCCCUCACUGUUGAGUGCUGGCCGAAAGAGCCGCAACGGCAGCCCAACCCGUGCGAAGAGUCCAUUCAUGUCACCUGUACGGGAAGAUUGAGCGCUUCGAUACGAUUCAUGGGGAGACAUUAAUGCGAACUUUAUAUUUAUCUGGUAUUUUUUCGGGGGGCAACAUCACGGCGCAAAGGAGUUUGUGGGAACCGGAGGAGCAUUAAGAUAUGGCGUUCAAAAGAACGCAUAAGUUAUACCAUAAAACAGAGUCGUGGCAAUUGUUGAUCUCUUGGUUGAGUUUGGGGACGAAAUUGGGGUCUCUCUUGGAUAUCACACUACGUUAUUUGUUUGGAGCUUCUGGGAGUGUUUCACAGCGAUGUUGUUUCUCGGUAGGGAUGUACGCUCAGUUGUGUGAAUUGGUAUUCAAUUAAUCAAUUUUGUCAGUCGCUCAAGCAGACACUUUUGUUUGUUGGCUUAUUGCUAUGAUGCCCGCCCCCCUAAACACCAUACCAGCCAGACUCGCGUUUUCGCCGUUGACUAUAUUCCCUGCCCUAAUGUUAUACACACCUUGAAGCUUUGAUCAGGCAUUUCCAGAUGCUUAUAAGCCAACACUAAUCUGACUGCUUCUCCAGGAAACUAGGAUCUGCCCGAACUCUUGAUUCAAACUUGCGCCACCAGUUUUCAAAGGCUUUGAGCGGCACAACCUCAACACCACCAGGUCCUGCUGUACCGCUGAAGCUCGAUAAAAAAUUGAAUGCGUUCUGGAUGAUGCGUUGUGCGAGUAUAGCCGUACUGGGCUGGCCGCCUGAUGAGUUGCCAGACUUGGUGGCAGCGAGUUCUUGCAAGCGCUGGCCAACAGACACUUCUGGCUCAACUGAUAUACCAAUCACUAAAUCGCUGGCCUCUCCUCCCCCGCUGACCUUGAACAUGGCGCUCUCCUUUCCAGGGCCUAUACCUCCAAGAAAGCGGAAGUUGGGUGUGCCACCUGACUGAGCUGCUGCUGCGACAUCGGCGGCAGUUGCUAGGUAGAUUGCUGCAGCGGUGUUCGGCGGGAGACUUAUGCCUGGUAACAUAAAAACAACAAUAUGUGAGAAGUGUUUUGUGGUGGGGAGAGCGUAGAGUAGUGAGGUUGGCGAGGGGGUUGAAGACGGUUCUGUGAUGAGCGGUUGGCCCGCAGGGACGAUGCCAAAGAGUGGGCUUGACAUGAUAUGGUGCCACUAGUGUCGAGAUGAAUAAGGUAUAGGGAGUCUUAAGAUCGAUCAAUCAAAUGAUAAAGGAAUGUUUUAUCCUAACCAGGGAUAAGAGGGGAAGGCUGUGGUGAGUUGUUUGUAUAAUAAGGGUCCUUUGUCGUCGUUUCGCUGGCUGGUACGGAGCAGGGUAGUCUUAGUGUGAAACGAUUGGUGGGUGUUUCUAGGGUAAUCUAGAAACAAGUGGAAUUUUGACUGAGUACCUUCGCUACGGAUAGGUAGGUAGUUAGCAAUGGAAUGGACCUGAACAACGGUG